CGCUCAAGUAACGAAGAACGAUGGGCAAAUGUAAGGCGGCGUAAAUUACAUGCAAUCCAUCUUGGCUGGAUAAUGAAGUAUUUGUCGAAAAAUUGGAAUUUUGACACAAAUCAGCAAGCGCCAUCCUCAUUGGGAAUGUAUUCGGUACUUGCAACACGAGGAGUGCAAUAUUUGAUGAACGAUUUGCUGACCAACUUCCGAAACAGAGGGCUAGUGGAUCGGUUGAUGAAAUUGCCUGAAACAGGGCGCGAAAAUGUACUGGUGCGUUUCAUAACACUCUAUCUGAAAGCCGCUUACACUGGUAUCAUCACACAAUCAUCGCGAGAAAACGAUGUACAGCCGGCAACAGCAGAUGCUCAACAGCGAAUUCAAGAAGUUACUGCGCAGCCAAUUGUUACAGAACAAUCACAAGUUGCACAGCGAUCGCAGCGAAAGAGAUCUGUUGAAACACAGACCACUGGUGGUGCUAUUACGGGAUCUUUGAGCAAGAGAGGACGACGAAGUGACGAUAUUCAGCUGUUUGCGAAUUCAGCGAUAGCCGGGCAAUUCAUCACCACUUUAAAUCUAGGAUGUAAACUCAUUUCAGCAGCCGGGUGGCAAGUAUCGCUGGCAUAUGAUCCAACUAUACCACCGCUAUUUCGAUUGGUUUGUAAAUUAUGUAAUGUGUUCUUGAAAACUUCGCCAAUGUCGACCAGUCAUUUCCGCUUGUGUCCGGACUGUUUCAAAACCUUGAAUCGUGAGAAAAGAAAAUAUGAAUUACUUAACCUGGCUGAAUUUGUUCUACAGUGUGAUAUUGGAGAAAGGAAUUAUACGUGA